CGCGAAGGGAUAAGCUUGAUUGCAGAUAAGGGUUUUGGUUGCCGGUCAGUAUUCAGCAAGGGAGAUGUCAAAAAUAAGAAUGUUAAUGGCUAAAUAGUGAGAUGCCUCACCCUAGAGUUGCAGGAUUCGAGUGCACUAUGCGAUUCCAACAUCAUCGUAGCACUUACUGUCGAGAGUCCUGUCAUGGAUACAACCACAGUCAUGUCUCAUUUAGAAACCAUUGGAGGUGAUUUUGAGUAUUGCAUGUGGCUUUGAAGAUGAGAAUCAAUUAAACCUAGCGGUGGAAAGUUUUGGUACAAAAGAUGUGAGAAGGUAGUCGAUGAUGCUCUACCAAGGUCAAGGAUGACAUGGACAUUACAAAGUUCAUUAUAUUUGACGAGGAAACUGAGAAGAUUAUUGGCAAAUCUGCUAUUAGCCUGUUUGAUAUGGACGAAAAAAUAGAGGUACUAAUCAUACUUUGGUGCCAAUAGUUUAGCACAUGGUUUUUAAUAUCCAAAUGACUGACACGCCGGAAUGUUCUCAAUUGAAUUGUCUGCCUAUCUCAUGACUGACAAUUAGGAUAUUAUCCAGAAGUCUACAAUUAGGAUAUUUGAAAACAAAUGAUUUUCCGGCGUGUCAGUCAUUUGAAAACAAAUAUCCUAUCUCAUGACAGUGUUGAUGAGUAUAUUAUCCAGAAGUCUACAAUUAGGAUAUUUGUUUUCAAUUGCAUUGUCUGCCUAAUGAGCUUCUAUCAUUAACAACCGUAUUCUGUGUAAAACCAUAUAGAUACAACUGGUCAAUCUGAAUAUCAAAGGGAAAUUGUCGUCUACUCAAUUAUAAAUGCUCCUAAAUUGAAGGUGAAAUUUUGAAGGACCAAUUUGUCAUUGAGGAAUAAUAAAAAUGCACGUCUUUUAUAUUUUUCCUGUCAUAAUCUGAUUUUCCUGCUUAGAUAGUCAGGUAUAAGCCACCAAGUGAGCAACAAUACAUAGCCUGGUGGCCCUGUAUAAAUGACCAAUUCCUGCAGCAUAAGGUAGUAGUGACAUGGUAAAUGACUACAGUGAAGAAACCAACCCAAACAGAGUAGAUUGAGAAGUAAAGGAUAAAUGGCUCUCUGUUUUAUCAACAUACUCAGUAACAUAUCCCUAGCCUCUGAGCUAACAGUGCAAUGCACAACAAUAGAAGAAAUUAAACCACCAUAAAGAAAAGUCCAUCAUAUCUGCAUGUUAAUUUAUUUCCUAAUACUAAUUAAAAGUUAGUGGGAAAUACUAAUUAACAAGUGCAGCAAAAUUGCUAGCGGGCCAAAAGGAAGCAACAUAUUGAUCUUUGCUUUUAUUAGAGUAAUGUAAAUGCUUCUAAGAGUAGUAUUUUGAUGGAUUAUUCUCAAGAAUUUUGAAGAUGAAACGAGGUAAAAUAACUCUAAAACUGAGGUAUUGAUUCUUUUCAUCAUAAUGAACUCAGUCCUGAGGCUUGGACGUAUCAGAGCAAGGCUGCAAUUAUGUUGCAUGAAACAUGUGUUGUUAAUUUAGUCACCCACCAAUGGGUUGCUAUUUACUGAUUUGAGUUGGGAAUGAAAAGUAUUGUAUCAUAAUAUGCUAAUAUAAUGUUUUGAUGUGUCACUAAAGACGUCUCUCUCCUAGAUACAUGGUGAAACUUGAUAUUCAAAAGGCUUAUGACUCGUUUCAAAGGCUAUUAGAGGAACUCUUUAUAGCUUUAAAUUCCAUGAUGAGGUUUUUAUCAUUUGGGUCAUGUUCUGCAUUUCUAUCCUAUCUUAUACUCCCUCCGUCUGGAAAUAUUCUUCCCAUUUGACUUUUUACGGUCUCCAAUAUUGUACUUUGACCAUUAAUAGUUUAAUACCUAUAUUUAUACAUAGAUAUAUUUUAUAAUAAUUCGAUAUUUCAAAACUACGUUUUAAUAGAAAUAUAUUGAUAUUAAAUUUAUAUCAUAAUACAAUGUAUUUUUUCCACAUACCGUAGUCAAAGUUUACAAACUUUGACCAUGAAAAGUCAAAUGAGAAGAUCAUUCCCGGACGGAGGGAGUACUAUAAUUAUCAAUGGCUAUCAUCAUGGCUUUCAUAGAGGAGGGAAGAGAUUGAGGUUGGGACAUUCAAUGUCUUCUCUCCUUCUUUAUAUUCCUAAAGAAGGAUCUUGUCUUUGCUGGAGGGAGAUGAUAAAGGUCAGAGACGAGUCCGGAGACAUGCCCAAAGGAGAUUGCUAUAAUAUCCAACCUAGCUAUGAUUGGCUUCAAGGGGAAAUUAAAGAAUCAUGCCCAGAUGGAAGGAUUGGGUCUGGAACAAGUACACUCCCCCUAUAUUUCGAAUUAUUUUCAGGUUACUCAUGGGAGGGUGACUGCAAACUAGCAGCCGUAUGAGUAGACACCAAAUACUUGUGAAGGGUGUUACUAUUAAAGGGAUGAGGAAGACCGAAGGAACAAAGCUAUACAUUAGAAGCAAAGUACGUUUGGGGAGUCUCUUAAAGCCUUGUUUGGGAACAAUGAUUUCGAUUAACCUUAGUAUUUUUUAUAAAGCUUUAAUGAUGUAGAUUAGUUCUGAAAACGCUAAAGCUAAAGGCUACCGUG